UUCGCUCCCCUCUUUUUUCCCCCAAUUGCUUUCUCCCCUACCCCGAUUCCCUUUAUUUUUUCCCCCAAUUUCCCAAAAUCGGUAGCCCUUUUAUUUUUCCCAAACCAUUUCUCCCCCUACCCCGAUUCCCUUUAUUUUCCCCCCAAUUUCCCCAAAUCGGCAGCCGUCUGCAUCUCCUCAUCUUCUUCCUCACAUUUCAUUCGUCCCAAAAAACAUUUCUAUUCCUCUUUUAUACAAACAAAAAAUAAUGGCUUCACCGUUGCUUCAUCUUCUUCCUUUACCAUGCUUCAUUUAGCUUCAUUGUUCUCCAUUUUCGUAUUAGUUAACGCAAGAAUCCCCGGUGUUUACACUGGUGGAUCCUGGGAAACUGCUCAUGUCACUUUCUAUGGCGGCAGUGAUGCUUCUGGCACAAUGGGUAAGUAAAUUUAUUUCAUUAAACAAAAAAAUCCAUUUUUAUUCGCUGCUCAAAUUUCACUAUCUUUUCUAUUCAAAUUUUGGAGGAGUGCGCUCGUACAGGGACAAUGAUUGUUCACUGGAUAAAAAAGGCACCACUUUAUUGGUAUGCUCCAAAAGGUUUAAAUUCAGCUCGAAUAUAUUUUACAUGCCAUAACUUUGAGUACCAAGGGACUGCAUCUGCUUCAGAAUUGGCAUCUUGUGGUCUGGAUGCCCAGGAGUUAAAUAGACCUGAUAGGAUGCAAGAUAACACAGCACAUGACAGUGUCAAUCCUGUUAAGGGUGCAAUUGUGUUCUCUAACAUAGUGAUGACAGUAUCACCCACUUAUGCACAAGAAGUCCGAACUGCUGAGGUAAGAAUAUUUUGUAGUUUUUCUUUCAAGAUCAUGGUCUUCCUUUUAUAA